AUGGAAGACCCCCCGAACCAUAUGGACCACCACCGCCCUACUACCAAGGUCCCAAUGUCGCACCUCCAGUACCAAAAUCAUCAAUCAAUCUCCGACCACCCCUCCAAACAAGCCUUUCAACCCCACCCCUCCGCAACACAAAAGCACCCCCAACCUGCGCAAUCCGCCAUCCGCCCUCGCCCGCUCCGCCACCUCCCUCCCUCCCCCGGGCCCAAACGCCAUCCAAAAGCCUACGGCGAAGUCUCUCACUUCCUAGGCGGUCUAAUCGCGCACCCGACCGAAUCAACCCGCCACUACACAAUCCUCCGACACUCCCAUGGCAUAGUCUUCUACCGCGGGAGCACGACCUCCAUCGCCAUAUCCAUUUUCUCAGAUACACCUCUCCCCGCAGACAGAACAUACUUCCUCCAAAGCCGCGGCUGGACCGGGAAAACAGGCAUGAAAGCCAAGGCUCUCUUCCGGCUAACAGAUGACUGGCUAGACGUGACGCCGUCAUUCGCACUUCGCGCAAACCAAGUGUCUCCGGGCGAUGAGCGCGCCUGGCAAAGAGACAUUAACAAAUUCCGCAAAAAGGCGCCGUCAAAGCUACUAAGCCACAAACUCCGCGAGACCAUCGUCGCAAGAAUCCCCGCCGAGGCAGGCGACGGCUACUUCCAACUGAACCUCUGUCAAUCCGCGAAGAAAAAGGUCCUCUGUUCGAGUCCCGUCUUCAGGUCCUCAGUACCUCGCUAG